CAACGAAAAGAGGAAAAAUGUAAAAGACAUUAAGCGAAAUGAAUUAUAAUAGAAUACAUAAAAAGAAAUUAGAAAAAUAUUAAAAUAGAAGUUCUCUAGAAAGUCGAUUAAAAAAUAUUGUCUCCACUCAAUUAUAAAGUGUAAAUAAACAAAAAAUUCGAGAUAAAAACAAAAAUGGUACUCCGUUCAGGCUGCAUUAUUCCCUUUCAGUUCCGCGACAAUAAAAAACUUUUAAUGAUCGGUGUACCUGAGGAAAAUCGAAAUUUAAGCAUUUGGGAUUUAAAAAAUGUUGUGCGAGCGGCAUUUGGGGUUUAUAAUUUCGAGUUCCGCAAUAAGAAGAUUGGAUUCAUCAUACCAGACGAACUGUUGCUCAACUACUUGGCGCAACGUCAUGACCUGACCAAUUUCGUUAUAGAAGUAGGACAGGUUAAAGAUAAAUCGAUGAGGAAUAAGAAUGUAAGUUUCGACUCUCGAUGCUCUCAAAAGUUAAAUAAUCAGUUAUCUCAAAAGUCAGACGAUAGUGUAGCAAAUGAGUAUACCGACGAAUAUGUCAUAGUUAAUGAAGCUUUGAGUUCUCCAAGGCAAGGAAACAAUUCAAAUGAGCCACCGAACAAAAUACGUAUAUCUCAAGCAUAUACAGCACGUUUGUCAGAGUCCCCCAUACGGUCAAUGGAUCAAUCAAUCGAUAUUAUGGAUAAAGUUGAGGAUUCAGUCUGUUUUGAGAAUGAAAUGGAUUUUAAAUUAAAGGAAGAAAUACCAAGCACAAAUUACUCUGAGCAAAACUUGUCAUUAACAAACCAAACCCUACAUAAUCAGCAUAAAAUGCAGCAACGUUUAGCCAUUAAAAAAAACCCGCAUUAUUCACGACAGCGUGUCUCGUCAUUGUGGCAUGAAAUUAGACUUCAACAACAGUGGCAGCAAUGGCAGCAAUGGCAGCAACGGCAGCAAAAACGAAAACAACAAGAAUCACAAUCAAAAGUAGCUGGAACGGGUGACAAAGUAACCUAUACCAAUAAACCCUACAAAAUGUCAAGCUAA